AUGGCAACUUUGGCUGACUCAUUUCUAAAAGAUCUCGAAGAUCUUGAAUUUGAAGACGAAGAAGAAGAAGAAGAAAAUAAUGUCGGUGAGAAAGCCCCCUUUAUUAAAAAAAGUAAUAAUAUAAUUGAAGAUGAAGAUAAUGAUGAUUAUGAAGAGAUUGUAGAUGCUAUUGAAGAAUUUCUAAAUGAGAAGAAAAAAAACAAGGAAAGGAAAAUAUCGGAAUUGUUGUAUGAUGAUGAGUUUUUAAAAAUGAUGAGUGAUAUAAAGACGUAUAUGUUUGAAGAGGAACAAAAAAAAAAAGAAAAGGAAGAACAAAAUGAGGGUGAACCAAAUGAGGGUGAACCAAAUGAAGGUGAACCAAAUGAUGAUGAACAAAUUGAAGAAUUAUUAAAUGAGAGAGAAAAAAAAAAUAAUAAAAUAAAUAAUAUUGAUGAUGAUAACUCAUACGACGAUGUGAUGAUAGAAAAAUGCAUGGAAACAAUUUUAAAAAUUGACACUGAAAUAUUAAAUAUACACAAAUAUGUAAAAGAUAUUUAUUCAACAAAAUUUCCAGAAUUAGAUUCUAUUGUUUAUAGUCCUGUUGAAUAUAUAAGUGUUGUUAAUAAAAUAAGAAAUGAAGUUGAUUUAAAAAAUAUUGAUUUCUCAAAUAUAUUACCUAAUACAACUGUUAUGGCCAUUACCGUUGCUUCUAGUAUGACAACAGGAAUAUGUUUGUCUGAUAAUUUAUUAAAAAGUUGUAUUUCAUUUUGUAGUGAAGGAUUACAAUUAAAUGAAUAUAGAAAUCUUAUAUUAUUAUAUUUAGAAAGUAAAAUGUUUUAUCUAGCACCAAAUGUAACUAUGUUAUUAGGUAGUUCUCUAACAGCACGUUUAAUAAGUGCUGUGGGUUCUUUAAAAAACCUAUCAAUUACAUCAUCUCAAAAUCUUAUAGUUAUUGCAAGUACAAAAAAAUCAUUAUUUGGAUUAAGUAAUAUACAUAAGACUCUAGGAAUAGGUAUCUUAUGUUGUUCAGAAAUUGUUCAGAGUGUGCCAGAUGCAUAUAAAAAGAAAGCCAUAAGUUUAUUAGCUUCCAAAUGUAGCUUAGCUGCUCGAAUUGAUUAUUUUAAAAAAUAUAAAGAAGGACAAUAUGGAUUAUUACUUCGACAAAAUAUUUUAUCACAUCUAAUAAAAUUACAAGAACCACCACCAUUAAAACAAAAAAAAAUAUUACCUAUGCCUGAUGAAAAAAGAAAAAGAAAAAGAGGUGGAAAAAGAUAUCGUAAAUUAAAAGAAAAAACACAAAUUACUGAAUUAAGAAAACAAAUCAAUAGAUUACCAUUCGGUCCAGAAACAACAGAUGAUUUCUAUAAUUUUAAUGAUCAAAAUACUAUGUUAUUAAAUUCAAAUAUAACAAAAUUAAAAUAUACAAAUAAACAAAAAAAUGUUAUAGCAAAAAAAAGAAAUCUAAAUGUUCAAUCGAGUGGAGCCACAGGUGGUUUAUCUUCUUCCUUAAUUUUUACUCCCCUUCAAGGAAUUGAAUUAUAUAAUCCUUCAUUGAUUAAUACAAAAAAUAAGCAAACAGAAAAUAAGUACUUUUCAAGUACGGCUGAAUUUAGGAAGAUAUAA